AUGUUGUCAAGACCAACAGCUCGGGCUGGAGUCAUUCGUCUAGUCCUGACGCCGGUCACUCAUGCUCCGGUGCAGCGAAAUUAUUUGCAUCCAGGCAGCGCGCUCUACAUACUGAAACAACAGCGUACAUCUUUUAUUCGCCUAGCUUCGGAUGUAGCAGCCCCGGCCAUCUCCUCUAAGGCAACGGAAGUGACAUCCACCCCUACCGUAGCUUCUGACACCGCAAUACACAAAUUGAGCAUCUCCAAGCGCCGAAAGAGUAAAAAAAAUAAAAAGAAAGUGGCAAUUGCUGCAUCUACUACGGUUGAUAAAAUAGCAGAUUGUGCUGAAGACAAAACGGCCAAAGUUGCUGCUGAUGUCGUGGCAAAAAACGCGACAAGCUCAAAAGUACCUGUGCCAAAAAAAAAGGUAAAGACAGUGCUGCGAAAGCCAAUGACGCAAAAGGAGGUCGAAGAAAAGAUGCUGGCAAGAGUUCUAAACGAAGACACCAAGGCGACUGCAAGUGUUGUUCCGACGCAGAGCUCAAAGAAAAACAAGCAAAGCGACAUUUCGACAGAUCAAACUACGUCCGAGACUGCAGUUUUGGUAACGAAAGAAUCGAUUUCGCCGAAGAACUUGAAAACAGAAACGAUUACGAUGACCUUGCAAAAAAUUGCUGCAUUGCAAAAGACGCUACCCAGCGAGUCAGAGAUUGCGGCUCUGAUUACCAAGCUUCGUCGGAAUUCAUUCGAAAACGCACACAAACUGUUUGACUUAUACCGCAACUUUGGUAACCCGUACCUAGACGAGAGUUUUUUGACACCUGGGGUUCUCGCUUGCUGUGAAGCAAAGAAACCAGCAGAAGGUAUUCAUAUUGUUCGAGAUAUGCUUGACCAAGGACGAAAAGUAGACAACUCCACGUUGCGUACGCUUUUUGAUGCGUGCGAUGAAGCAUCGGCCGCAAAAGAAGUGAUUGAGCUGUGGGAUUUAAUGGACAAGGCGGGCAUGAAGUUGGAGUUGGCCGAUUACAACCGGUUUCUUACUAUAUGUUACCGCCAAGAGUAUCUUGAUGGUGCUGUCAAGGUACUCAAGCAACUCCGUCUCUUACGCUCAGUUUCAGUACAUACAUACAUGCAUUGGCUUCUGCGUGCUUCGAUUGUCUGGCGCUCAGAUGCAUUUUUUGAUAUUUUGAUGGAGAUGCGACUGUCCGAAGUAGAGCCAGAGAUCAUGUCGCUCACUUCGCUAGAGUCCGGGCGUAAAGAUCGUGCAUUAACGGUAAUGGAAGGAGUUCGUGCUGUCGGAUUGGACCCUUGCUUUGCGAUGGCGUCUGUCUUUUCGUCAAUGCAAGCGUCGGUGUACCAAAAUGGACCUAGCUACCAGGCUCUCACAAAGCAAGAUAUCAAAGAUGCACGCGAGAAAUUUGGCGAUUUAACGCCUAUUGAGCUGGAUUGGCCUGUGACUCCGACGCCGCAAGUUCUAGAGACGCAAGCAGCAGGCCUGCUGCUUGAACGAGAAACUUUUCGUAGAUUAAAGCGACAGCAAGUGAAUCAUAUUGACAAGCUGUUGGAGAUGCUUCCAAUCACCACCAAUAUGACCAUCAAUUUACGCAAGCAACUGUUGCGCAUGUCAUUGCUUGUCAAUACGCAUCGUGUUCGUCGAGACGAGACCAAAAUCUGCAAGGAAUAUGACAGUGGUCGCAGUCUGAUUGAGCUAUCGACGGCUCACAAUUAUCCUCCAGUGUCGCUCAUGCGAGUUAUUCUUCGCGCCAAAGGAAAAAGUCAGCUUGAGAUCAAGAACGCUCUGGCAAAACCAAAUUUGAUACUUUCAAAGCGUGACCAGCGCGAACUGCGCAAAGCUUCUGACUACGACAGCAUUCACAAAAGUGAUCCACUUAUUGAGGCUCCUCAGUACAGUACUGUCUCGUUGGAACGGGCUAUUGAACACUUUUUAAAGGCCAAGGGAAUCCGACUGAAAACUCAAGCCGAACUAAGUGCCGACCAGCAUGGAACCCACGGCCGAGCCGUCAUGUCCCCAGAUAUUUUAUUACUGGAUCCCGUGAUUAUUAACGGAGUUCCGAUUCGGUGGAUUGAUGCCAAGAAUUAUUAUGGUGCUCACAUUGUAAGUAAGAGACUCAUCUCAACACAGGUGUCAAAUUACGUCAAAGAGUGGGGUCCAGGAGCCAUUGUUUUUGGUAUGGGGUACAGCGAUAUGUUCUCCCUACCGGGUGUGAUCUGCCUCGACACAACACCAUUUCCGAGUACACGCAAAGAAGCUGCUAAACUUCGCGUGAAGUCGUUCCUAUACUCAUGUUUAAAUGCCUUUCGCUGGAAAAAGCAUUUGGGAAGCGACCUGACGCAAGAGCAUCGUCAAGCCAAGACGCUAGAAUCAAGCCCGACUCAAUCUUCGUGGCAUUACCUGGUAGAAUGCUUACGAGACCCUCCACGCAGUGACUUUGCCUUUGUACCACACCAAUACAUAUCGGCUUCUUCGGAGCUUCUAGAUGCUACUAAUCACUCGCCAAGUGACGAGAGUACUCCAAUAAACUCGCGACUCAAGUAUCGUCAAAAGCGGGUGGCAGGCCAGUAUAACUCGUUUUUCAAGCUUCACAUUGCAGCCAUGGGUGUUGCAGGCGUGUCCUGUACUUGGCUAACGCUGUUUCCUAUUGCUCCUGGACAACUUUACAACAUGCAGGUGGACGUCUUUCGAGCCAGACAUGAGCACGCCAGCUUUUUCUUUCGUUCUUGCUUGUAUUUAGGAACAAUACUCGGAGCUGCAGCUGCUGGAUAUUGUGGAGAUCGAUUAGGACGCGCCGGCACUUUAGAGUUGUCAGCCAUCCCGCUCACUGUAGGCUGGGUAUUGGUUGGAGUUGCAUAUGGAGAGCUUACAGUACUUUUCGGACGUUAUUUACUUGGUGCAGCGGCUGGAAUCAUCUAUGUGAUUGUACCAGUCUAUCUGGCCGAGAUCAGCGCUGAACAUAGUCGUGGACGAGUGAUUUGUGCACAGAGGCUCGUGUCAGGCGUUGGAGGAAUUUGCUACUUGUUGCUUGGAGCGUUAUUCAUGUACUUAAGUCAACAUUAUAUUGGCUUUAACCUGACUGAAUGGAAGGUUUUGGCAUUGUCUGGCAUUGCUCCUGCCUUGCUGUUGCUACUACUUGCACAAAAGCUGCCAGAUUCACCUACGUGGCUCAUUGCUCGCCACGACGACCGGAAAUCUGCUUUCAAAGUGCUAUAUAAAUUGUUUAACCGUAACGAACGCAUCGCUGAGGACAAGACAAAUGCAAUUAUCCACGCAAAAAUACAAGCAGCGAUGGAACGACGUCACCACGGCGCAUUUUUUCGCCCCGUUCUUCUGUGCGCUAUCCUCUUUACAUUACGUGCUGUGAGUGCGUUUUUGCUAAAACCAGCGAUUACAUCAACGCUUGCACAAGCUAGCAGUCGAGGGGUUGGAGGAACACGAACAAACGUUUCCUUUGUCUUAACAAUUUUCGGUGUAGCCAUUGAUGGCGCCGAAGAAGAACUGAUUACUGUCACAACGGUGGCCGCGAUUGCUGCUGUCAUGGGUGUUGUAGCGUGCUACUACCUUGUGGAUACUAGAGGAAGACCUGUAACCACACAAUGUGGCUGCUACUUAGUGGCACUCGCCUGUGUGUUUCUAAUUAUUUCUCUAGACCGAAAGGCGAACCAAAAGGAAAACAACCGAGUCGCGCUGAGAGACUUUGGUUGGGCAUCUAUGUUGUUGAUAAAUGCCGGGCAUCAGCUUGGUUUGGGCGUGGUGCCCGUAAUUAUUGUCAGUGAAUUAUUCGCCGUUAAGCAGCGUAUGGGCGCUGUAAGUCUUAUGGUGAUUUGGGAGGCCAUUGUUAAUAUCGUUCUCGCUCAUGCUGUUCCGGUGCUUCGCGAAUUGAUGUCAACAUCAGUAGACGUGGCAGGUAUUUGCGUCAGUAUUAUCCUAGCGUGUAACAUUACUGGCGCCGUCUUGUCGUGGUGGUACAUUCCUGAGACUAGCCGGCGCAGUCUCCAGGACAUUGAAGCCAUUUUAUGCGGAUGGCAACCUGCUACGCCUCGCCGCACUACGUCUUCACACGUACGGCUCGAGUAUGGCAGCAAUGAAUAA